AUGAACAACCUGGCGGAUAGAAUAGCGCAGCUCUGCUGUGAAAAAUAUAAUAGUUUUGGAAAAACAGGAAAACCCCAAGAUACAGAGUGGACAGUUCUAGCCGGAAUUGUUUUGAAAGAUGCCCAAGAAACUUUAUCAGUUGUAUCGCUGGCUACUGGAACCAAGUGUUUAAGCGGUACUGAGUUAUUAGAUACAAAACAGUGGGAAAUUGGAAGUAGGUUAAGCGAUUCACAUGCUGAGAUCCUAGCCCGGCGAGCAUUUCUACGCUACUUAUACCAUCAAUUAAAUUUGAGGCUGAACAACAGUAAUAGCGAUGUUUUCGAGUUGGAUGCAAAUAAAACAAUCUGUCUACGGAACAAUAUUUCACUUCACUAUUAUUGUAGUCAAACUCCUUGUGGGGAUUGUUCGAUAUUUCCUAAGAUAGUUGAGAAUCGCGUGUUUGGCAUCAACGCUUCUGCACGGAAAAGAAAAAGUCAUGCAAACGAUAAUAUGGAAAUAAAACGACUCAAUCUUCAGGAAGAUUAUCAGUGCGACGAGUACGACGUGCAUCGAACAGGGGCAAAAUGUGUGCAAACCGGAGAACAAGAUUCUAGACUACCGGGUGUUGACUAUCACCUUGUUGGACCUAUAAGAACAAAACCAGGACGGGGUGAUCGAACACUGAGUUUAUCCUGUUCCGACAAAAUUGCUAAAUGGAAUAUUCUUGGUAUACAAGGGGCUCUUUUAUCCAGACUAAUUCCACCUGUAAGAAUUGAUAGUUUUUGUAUUGGAGGGCAGUCUCCAUUUUCUCCAGAAGCUAUGCAACGUGGUAUCUGUGAAAGGUUUGCCACUGGAAGAUGUCCAGUUUUCAUGCAAUCAGAACAAAGUUUCGUCCACAGAAAAGGAGCUAACAGGACUCGGCCUUGCCCCUCCAGCGUAAUAUGGUGUGCAGUGCCCGAUAGACAAUUGGAGAUAUCUGUGGAUGGCCGAAAACAAGGUGCAACGAAAAAAAAAAAAAGAGGAAAUUACUUAUUAAUCAGCAAGCAAGAGCUUUUUAGAACAUUCCUCAGAACUGUUGACAGAUUCAAUAGAAUGACAACCAGUGAACAAAAUCACCCAAAGAAAAUCACAUACUAUCAUGCAAAGCAAAGCUCAACAGCUUAUCAACAAUCUUGGAGUGGGUUAAAGUUACAAAGUUUUCGGACAUGGCCUGCAAAGCCAUUAUACCUUCAAGACUUCGUAUUAAUGUAAUCCGAUGCUAAAUUUCAUCAAUUAUAUAAGUUUCAGAUUGUAUGAAGUAAGUCUGACAGGUUCGAGUGUAAUAGUAACAACUCGUGUAUCUGUAUGUUUGUCCCUUAUCUUAAUGGAUAAAAACUACUCACACUCAAACGCUACAUGACACGGCGAUUGAUAUUCGAAUAUCCUAUUCCAACACAAGUUAAUAAUACGAGACUUGGUUCCUCAACGAUGGUUUCAUCACUGCUCACCAUGUCUAUUUUAAAAACAAUACCAAAAAAGUCUCUCAAAUCCCGUAGAAAUUGUAUUCUGAAAAUCAAUAAGAUAUAGUUGAACGACAAUCAAGCUUUGAUCAAGAUAAUACCAAUAAAAUGUUUUUUAUGCAAAAUGACUUUUACUUACGCGGCUUGCGUCAAUGGGCCUAGGGUCAUCUUUGAAAUGUCUUUCUUACCAAGUGCCAUAAAUAGUGCUGCCAUGCUUUGAAAAGCAGAAUCUACACAUCCGCUUCUGCAAAGUAAGAGUUUCUAGAGAGGUGUUGAUUAAAUAGUAACACAUUUAA